GAGCACAGUGCAAUCGUAUUAAACAAUAAACAUGGUAAUUUGUACUUUGCGCCAUGCAAUAGUUUAUUUUGGAAUCUGUAGUUACUAAUUUGUAUGGUUGCUGCUGUAUACCUUGAGCUUAAAAACGAGUCAUACAGCUGUACUCUAUGAAACGAGUUCACAGUCAACUGGUUUGAUAAAUGAUAAUUUUGACUGCACCGGUGUAUCGCCUGGACGUCCUUCACCACAAUAUUUCAACUGAUUUCUCGUUUGGACUUCAUAUUUUAUUCAACAAUGGAGCUUGAAAUCUUAACUACUAGUGAAAAAAACAUUGGAAAAAUAAAAGUUACAGAUGCUUCUCAAGUUAGCGACAUCAAAAAAAGCAUUAGUAAAGUUAAACCAUCUUUAUACCCAGAAAGGCAGUCACUUCGACUUGAAGUUAAAGGGAAAAGCCUUAAAGAAACUGAUAGAGUAAAAGAUUUAGGUUUGACAAAUGGCUCUAAACUUUAUGUUAAGGAUUUGGGCCCUCAAAUUGGUUGGUCUACUGUUUUUAUGGCAGAAUAUGCUGGGCCAUUAUUUGUGUAUCUAUUAUUUUACAUUAGGCCAAGUCUAAUAUACGGUACUGCUGCUAGUCAGCAAAUGUCUCAAGUCGCCAAUGUUGCAGCAUAUUGUUGGUCAUUUCAUUAUGCUAAACGUGUGUUUGAAACUGUAUUUGUACAUCGUUUCUCACAUGCUACGAUGCCAAUAGGUAAUCUUUUCAAAAAUUGUUCUUACUAUUGGGGAUUUACUGCAUUCGUUUCAUAUUUUGUAAAUCAUCCUUUAUAUACCCCACCGUGUACUUUUCAAUACUAUGUUGGUCUUGGAACUUUCAUUUUUUGUGAAUUGGGUAAUUUGAGUAUUCAUAUUGCCUUAAGAAAUCUUCGGCCACCCGGCACAAAAGUGAGACGAAUUCCCAUGCCGACUGUAAAUCCAUUUACACUCCUCUUUAACUUUGUAUCCUGUCCGAAUUAUACUUAUGAAGUUGGUAGUUGGAUUGGAUUUACCAUCAUGACAUGUACAUUCCCAGCGGCUCUAUUUACAUUUGCUGGAUUUUAUCAAAUGGCUCUUUGGGCUCUUGGAAAACACAGAAAUUAUAAGAAAGAAUUUCCUGACUACCCGAAAAAUAGGAAAUCAAUUAUUCCAUUUUUGCUUUAAAUUCUUUCUUUUAUUGUUGUAAUUUUUAUUUGUACUGAAUAUUUGUACUACUUGUAGAACUGAUGGUGGGUGACUUUUUUUGUAUUUUGGUUAGUAUUUAAUAUAUACUAAACGUAUGCACCUGUGAAAAUUGUAUUAUUGUAGAAGUAACAUAUGUAAGGGACAAAAUAUGUUCUACAAAUUUUGCAUUCAUUUAAAUCCCUAAUAAAUCACAGGUUAAAUAUUA